GAUUAUUUUGAUUUUUGUUUAAUUCAGUUUCAGUCUUUCACUACCUGUAUACGGCCAUAUAAAAUUGGUUCUCUGUUGUUUUCAAUAAGAAUUUAUUUUCUUUUUCUUAAGUAUCAUUUAGUUAUAGAUUAUAGGCAAUCAUGCUGAAGUUAAGGCACCUAAGUUCGAUUUGCCGGAUGUCCAACAUCCGUAGUUUCUCGAAAAGUACUGAGGCCAGUUCAACUGGACCAUGCUUCAGUCUGACCGAAGAACAACUGGAAAUGCAGGCAGUCGCCAGAAAAUUUGUGAAAGAAGAAGUAAUUCCAGUUGCUGCCAAACUUGAUCAGACUGGUGAAUAUCCAUGGGACAUUAUGAAAAAAUCGCACGCACUGGGAUUACUCAACGGGCACAUACCAGCAGACAUCGGCGGAAUGGAUAUGAGCGUUUUAACCGGAUGUGUAAUUGCAGAAGAAUUGGCUUAUGGAUGCGCGGGUGUGAAAACAGCGAUGGAAGCUAGUGGAUUAGGGCAAAUGCCGGUGAUUUUGUCCGGAAACAAAGAACAACAGAAGAAGUAUUUAGGACGACUUCUUGAGGAGCCUCUAGUAGCUGCUUACGCUGUUACUGAACCGGGAGCCGGAUCUGAUGUGAAUGGAGUCAAAACGAGGGCCGUACGCAAAGGAGACGAAUACAUUUUGAAUGGCCAAAAGAUGUGGAUCACAAACGGUGGUGUUGCUAAUUGGUAUUUCUUGUUGGCUCGUACUGAUCCAGAUCCAAAGGCACCGGCCGGAAAGGCAUUCACUGGGUUCAUUGUUGAAAGAGAUUGGCCCGGAGUAACACCUGGACGAAAGGAAAUAAAUAUGGGCCAACGAGCCAGUGAUACUCGUGGCAUAACAUUCGAAGAUGUCCGAAUACCCAAGGAAAAUGUUUUGGGUGCAGAAGGCGGUGGUUUUAAAAUAGCAAUGGGUACAUUUGAUAAAACGAGACCUCCGGUUGCAGCUGGUGCUGUCGGUCUAGCGCAACGUGCAUUGGACGAAGCGUUGAAGUAUUCAUUGGAGCGGAAAACUUUCGGAGUUCCAAUUGCUCAGCAUCAAUCAGUUUCGAAUAUGCUCGCUGAUAUGGCUAUAGGGGUAGAGACCGCAAGACUGGCUUAUUAUUUGUCGGCAUGGGAGGUUGAUCAAGGUCGUCGAAACAGUUUUUACGCAUCCAUUGCUAAGUUAUAUGCAUCCGAUGUAGCGAACAAAAAUGCGUCGGAUGCGGUUCAAAUAUUUGGCGGCAAUGGUUUCAAUUCAGAGUAUCCAGUGGAAAAACUGAUGAGAGAUGCAAAAAUAUAUCAGAUCUAUGAGGGAACGUCACAAAUUCAACGGAUGAUUAUUUCGCGUCAGGUUUUGGACGAUGCGAAGUCAAGAAUUUAACUUUUCGAAUUUAUUUUUUCUAAUGAGUCACAAAGAGAUGUCAAAAGUGGUUGCACAAAUUUAAAUAAAUUUUUAUACAAAAUGGAGU